AUGUACCACGUAGGUGGUAGAGAGGUGACCGAAGACUUCGAGGCGCAGAUCGCGUUUGGCGAUGGCGAAUUUCAUGUGGAGCGCCUGGACGAAGCGCGCUGCGUGGAUGGCCAACACCAAGUUUUGGUGAAGUGGCUUGGACUCGACGAUGAAGAAUCGUCCUGGGGACCUACGGCGAAUUUGCUUGACGACAUUCCAGUCGUAUUUCGCAAGUGGGCGGCGUCGAACAAGGAAGACCCUGUCGUGGCCGCCCUCAUCAAGACACUGGACUUUCCGUUAGAGGGGAAGUGUUCUGCAGCGUGCAGAGCAAUUGGGUCGCGCGUCCCGUGGCCGAAAGCCAAGAAGAAGCGGGAGACAAAACACCCCCGACAUUUCGAAAGCGGGGGCCUCGUCGCCGCGGACAACUUGGUCUUGAGCCAAGGCAGCAACGGCCACGGUGAAAGCGAGAAGGA